CCCCGCGGCGACGUCAUCCGGGCUCUGCAACCGGCGGGGCGGCGCGCGCCGCUGCUGCAGUUGCUGCAGGAGGAGGCGGCGGCGCGAGCGCGGGCUGGAGAUGGCGUCCGCUACCGACUCCCGCUAUGGGCAGAAGGAAUCCUCCGACCAGAACUUCGACUACAUGUUCAAGAUCCUGAUCAUCGGCAACAGCAGCGUGGGGAAAACCUCUUUCCUCUUCCGGUACGCCGACGACUCCUUCACACCCGCCUUCGUCAGCACCGUCGGCAUCGACUUCAAGGUCAAGACUAUCUACCGGAACGACAAACGCAUCAAGCUGCAGAUUUGGGAUACAGCCGGCCAGGAGCGGUACCGCACCAUCACCACUGCCUACUACCGCGGCGCCAUGGGCUUCAUCCUGAUGUACGACAUCACCAACGAAGAGUCCUUCAACGCCGUGCAGGACUGGUCCACCCAGAUCAAAACCUACUCCUGGGACAACGCCCAAGUCCUGCUGGUGGGGAACAAAUGUGACAUGGAGGACGAGCGCGUCGUCUCCUCGGAGAAGGGCCGCCAGCUCGCCGAGCAUCUGGGUUUUGAGUUUUUUGAGGCCAGCGCCAAGGACAACAUCAACGUCAAGCAGACCUUCGAGCGGCUGGUGGACAUCAUCUGUGAGAAGAUGUCGGAGUCGCUGGACACGGCCGACCCGGCGGUCACCGGCGCCAAGCAGGGCCCCCAGCUCACGGACCAGCAGGCUCCCCCGCACCAGGACUGUGCCUGCUAGGGCCAGCCCCCCCCCUCUACGCACCCCCCAAAAAUCGGUCAGUGCAUCCCCCCCCCUACCCACCCCGCCACCCCCAAGUCCCUCCUCUUGGGGAUCCCAUGGGGGUUUUUGCUGCUGAUACCUCCAGAAGGGCUGCGGCCCCUCUAGGAGCCUCCCCCCGCCCUCAGUUCAGUUAGGCUGUGCGCCCCCCCUUAAUUUAUUUUUAAGCCUGGGCUGGUAGAAAACUCCCCUCAUUCUGCUUUUAAUUGUUCCAUGAGCCCCAUUCUCCGAGAAAUAUUAUUUUCUCUGCUCGCCACCACCAGCUCCCAUUGUUCCCAGUCCCAUCCCUCCCCAGGGACCAGGGACAGGCCCCCUGCCUGGGAUAGGGGGGGGUGGUGGGGGUGGUCUAUGAUGGGACCCCCAAAAACCUCCUGUUCCAGCUGGGACCUGCCGUGUCCCCCUCCCCAGCCUGGCAGCAGUCCUGCCUGCCCAAAGAGCUCCUGGGGGCUCUUUGCACCUGGUUCUCCUCCCCACUCCCCCCCCAGAUGAAUGGAUAUUUCCUAACUCUUGUUUAUUUGUAUAAAUAGAUGCUAAUUUAUGCUCCCGCCGUCUUCCUCCUUGUACAUAAGAGAAACUCCUUGUAAAUAGGCGUAGGAAGUGACGCUGUGCGCGUGACCUGCUGUGCUGUGGCCGUGUUGGUGCAUUUAUUUUAUUUUUUUUCCCUCAGUGUGGUAACCUUGCUUGUGAAUAUCACUUUUAAACAAAAAUCUAUUAUUUAAAGGUUUAAGAGGAAAAAACUAAAAAAACAAAAAAAAAAACCAAA